AUGGUGAGACUUUGGCUGCAAAGAGUGCUGCUUCUUGACAUACAACCUGAUCCUUUGGUUCUUAUACUAGGGAAGAGAGUCCCUAGUCUCACAAAUCCCAUGCAGAAAUUGUAUAAUGUGCACCCAAUAAUUGUAUUUCUCUUUGGUACAGACACUGAACAGAACAAGUGCCAAGUUUAUUGCGUGAAAUCUCUGCUAUGCGCUGCCAUAUUAGUCCUGGAACUUCUUUUAUUGCUAUAUUAUUUUCUUCGCAAAAAAUAUAAGGAGUGUAAAAAGGAUAUUGAGGCUCCUGAAAUUUCAGAUAAUACUGCACUUCAUGGAACACAAAAAGGAGGAAGCAAAACACCUAUUAAAGCAGAAGUGAAGUAUGAGAAUGAAACUGGCAAAGAGGUCACUGAGACGAAAGAAGACAAAACAGAAGCUGAGAAAGAGGUCUCUGAGAAUAAUCCUGAAGUCAAAAUGGAUAGUGACAAAGAGGUCUCUGAGAGGAAAGAAGAAGAAAAACUGGAAUCAAACAUCUUAGAAGAAAAUGCUUCUGACAAAAAAGAGACAAAAAAGAGAAAGUGGAAGAUUGGGAAAUUGAAAUGGAUGACAAAGAGGUUUCUGAGAGAAAAAGAAGGAGAAAAACUGGAAUCAAACAUCUUAAAAGAAAAUGCUUCUGCCAAAAAAGAGACAAAAAAGAGAAAGUGGAAGAUUGGGAAAUUGAAAUGGAUGAAAAAGAGGUUUCUGAGAGAAAAAGAAGGAGAAAAACUGGAAUCAAACAUCUUAAAAGAAAAUGCUUCUGACAAAAAGGAGACUAAAAUGAGAAAGUGGAGAAUCUGGAAAUUGAAAUGGAAGAGAAAAAAAGAACAAAGUGAAAAAGGAGCAAGUGGCAGAGAUAAAGAAAUAAUGGCUGAGAACAUAAGAGAUAUGUACUUGCAAGAAAGACAAAAUACUUAGAAUUAUGAUGCAGGUCCGGACUGAGAACUAAAAUAGGCCCUGCCAUUUCAGGUACACAGAGGCCCAAUCAGCCCUC